UGCUAGCAGCGGCGGAGCAGAGAGCAGGGUGGGUGACCACGACCUGUCCAGUGCGGGGAGAAGGGCGGUGGUGAGGAUGCAGUAGUGGGAGUGCUGGAGGGAACACAGGGGAUGAAAGGGAUCAGCCCGGAGUGUUGGAGUCAGGAUCACAUGGUGUUUGGCCCAAGCCUGAGGAAGUAUCAUAUGUGACACAUUCAUUUUCUUCAAAUAGCCACCUUUUGCUCUGACUAUGGGGUCAUGGACCUCUGUUGAAGACGGCAGAUCUCGACUACAAAGGAAGUUGUCAAGGCCCGAGUGCAAACUAAUGCGCAUUCAUGCGGGCGCUGAGCUGAGUGCACUUCCAGGAGUACGCCAGGCGCAUGUCAAUCUCCAGCAAUCAGCGCAGGGGACUUGCCUUCAUAAGCCUGCACAACCUGCUAUCCCGGGCCAGAACGUAGCUACCUGUCCUCAACGUACCUCUGUUUCCGCGUCACGAGGGGUGUGUCUCAUCUUCCCGUGUUCCCUCUGCUUCCCUGGCUGCCUUCUGAAUCUCGACCUCCUGCCUGGACACGGACUUUUGACGCCUCUUUCCUCCCCUCGACCUCACGGAUCUCCGAGAUUCUCUUUCACCACUUGGACUACAGCCUCUCGCUCAAAACUUCCGGGUAACACACACUCUUCAGAGCCGGCCAUGGAAGGAGGAGAGAUCGGCAGAUCGGCAGAAGGAGGUGGAGAACACGCAGUACCUGCAGCGCACGAGAGACAACGACGCGGCCGGCUGAAGGACACGGAGGAGCGAGCAGUGGGAGAGCGAUGGAAGCUGAAAAGCGACCAGACCGGCAGACAAGCAUAUUGAAAAAUAAAGCGAGUCAAACCUG